CCAUUUCAAAUGCCAGAGCCAGACAUUCGUUGUUCCCCUAACUCAUGGUGAUGGCUCUCAUCAUCCUAGCUAGAACCCUUCGAAGAACUUAUCACUUUCUCCCCUUUCUCUUUCCCUCAACCCCACAGUCAGUCUCACUCUUCCCUUCAAAACAGAAGCACUUCCCUUCCUCUUUCUCUUCGGCAUUUCAUCAAACACUUUCAUCACGCUGUGAUUUCUUCACUCUCCACUUCUCCUCCACCCCAACUAUCAACAACCCUUUUUCCUUCACCCCACCCACACUCCACACAAAUGACCCACAGCAACCGCUUCUCCUCGAAUCCCUCAAACGGGUCGCCCACUUUGACUCCCAAGCUCAGGCCAUGGCCGCUCUUGACGAGUCCGGUGUAAAGGCCAAUGCGAAUUUGGUUUGUUCAGUGAUUUGGGCGUUGAAGGAAGAGUGGAGACUGGCUUAUUUGGUGUUCAAGUGGGGGGAGAAGUGGGGUUGCGCUGAUGACAAAGUGUGUGAAUUGAUGGUUUGGGUUUUGGGAAGUAACAAGAAGUUCAACAUUGCUUGGUGUUUGAUUCGAGAUAUGUAUAAGUCUUCUAUUAAUACGAAACGUGCAAUGCUUGUUAUGAUUGAUAGAUAUGCAUCAGCAAACAAUCCAUGCAAGGCCAUUCGUACGUUUCAUUUCAUGGAGAAAUUCAGAAUAUUGCCUGAUGAAGAAGCAUACCUCUUUCUUUUGAAUGCUCUUUGUGGAAAUGGAUAUGUUGAAGAGGCUGAGGAGUUCAUGCUUGUAAAUAAGAAGCUGUUCCCAUUGGAAACUGAUAGUUUUAACAUUAUACUCAAUGGAUGGUGCAAUAUAGAUGUUGAUGUAUUUGAAGCAAAGAGAAUUUGGAGAGAAAUGUCAAAAUACUGCAUCACACCAAAUGCAACUUCGUAUUCCCACAUUAUUUCUUGCUUCUCAAAAGUUGGAAAUCUUUUUGAUUCGCUGAGACUCUAUGAUGAAAUGAAGAAAAGGGAUUGGAUCCCUGGUCGUGAAGUUUACAACUCUUUGAUUUAUGUACUGACACACGAGAAUUGCUUCGAUGAAGCUUUGAAGAUGCUUGAGAAAAUGAAAGCAAUGACACUGCAGCCAGAUUCUGCCACUUACAACUCAAUGAUACUUCCCCUCUGUGAAGCAGAAAAGCUGGAGGAGGCAAGAAAUAUGUUGGCUAUUAUGAUUAAAGAGAAUCUUAGCCCUACCACUGAGACGUAUCAUGCAUUUCUUAAGGGUGUAGAUAUUGAUGAAAUUCUGGAAAUUCUUGACAAAAUGAGUAUAGCUGGUUUAGGUCCUAAUGGGGAUACCUUUCUCCUAAUUCUUGGCAAGUUCUUCAAACUAGAGCAACCUGAGAAUGCAUUAAAAAUUUGGGUGGAAAUGAAGCAGUAUGAAGUCAUUCCAACUUCCACUCAUUACACAGUUUUGGUAGAAGGGCUAGCAUGUUGUGGGCUGUUAUUGAAGGCCAGGGAAUUCUAUGCUGAGAUGACAUCAAAUGGUUUCUCAGAUGAUCCAAAGCUCAAAAGCCUUUUGAAGGAACCAGUGGAAGGUAAUAAGGGUAAGCGAGAACAGCAGGUGAGAAAGGGUAAGAGAGACAAGCAGGUAAGUCUUCAAAAAGGCAAUACAGUGCAAUCUAAAAGAAAAGGCCAAAAACGAUCAAGAAAGAGGAAGAAAGUGGUUCAGGAGUCUGAUUCAAAACUCUAAAUGGAAGACUCCUUGUGGCAGUUAAGUUAUUUAGUUUUUGCUGACAUGAUGAUGCACUAUUGAUGACUGUCUUGGUGUUGGAGUAAGUGAAGAAGCUGCUGCUAGCUCAGAGACCUUGCAGCUUGGCCUAGCUUGUUCAUGCUGGCCUAUUCAUAAGGAGAAUUUUGCAAAUCUUGAAAGGAGCUAGUUUACCCUUUACACAUAGCAACUGUUCAAGGAUUUUUCUCUCCCAAAAUUCCAACUCAAAUAUCUGGGGUACACUGCUGCAACAAUUCUUGCCAUAUCUUUCUGGGUCAAACAAUUCAAAAUCUCAAUGCUAGCUGUUGGUAGGACUGUUUUGUUGGGGGCACCUGAGGUACCUUGUUGACCCAACUACCUCUGUCAUCACGAAAUGUUGUUCUAAAACCAAACAUUCUCUUCUUGGCUGAUAUUCAGAUACCGAAGGAGAUAUACUACAAGGAAAGCCCAUGAACUGACAGGAAGAAGGAAAAAUCAUCAAAAGACAACAUUUAACUUAUAUCAUUCCAUUACAGUUCCCUUUUCUUGUAUUUCCAUCUGCAACAUAGCAUGGAAGUGGGCUCCAAGCGAUGCUACUAAUGCUGUCGUUUUAAGCAGAUUUGGAUUCAUAUGAAGGCCUGCCACACUAUUGGUUGGGGUGAUGCACAUCAACAUGCAUAAUCAGCUUGCAACGAACUCAGCUUCACAUGACACUCAAGCUUCAUUUGCUACUUUGAAAAUGGUGAGAUCAAGAUUCAAGUUAAGAGUCACCAGGUGUUCCCCAUGUUAAAAUCUGUGUUGAAGAUUGUCAAUAUUAAUAAAGACUAUGAUUGAGGUUGGAAAUGUUUAUAUACCAGAUUUGGUGUGUUGUGUGAAUCAGAGGAAAUUAUUUUAGAUUCCUUUUACUGAAGAGAUCGAUUAAUGAUUGGUCUUGGGAAAUGAAACUGGGAAAAAACUGGAAAUUUGCUUUGAAAAUGGUGAUACAGAAAAUCUGCUAGACCUGUUUGGUCUUGAGAAAUGAGAUUGGAAAAGA